AUGCUUUGGGAUUUCAAGUACUGUUCAGUGGUGUCUCCCUAUCUGUCUGACUACGAUUCUGCCCCUGCAAAUGAUUUUACGAAAAAAAUUCCUCUCAUUUUCAGAGAUAUCGAAACGAAAUACAGUGAAAAAGCGAUGCAAUGCUGGAUAGCUGCAGGAAUGUACGGUGUGACAUUGAUUCUUGUAUUCUGGCAGAACAAGUACAACACCGCUACUGUUUUUUGA